AUUGCCCACAAUGCAGCAGUGAUCUCUGAUUGGCUGCUAAGAGAACCGCGUCAUGUGACGUAAUCUGAAGGCGCGCGGGAAACUGACGUGUGUCUCCUCGCGCGUGUGUUUUGUUCGUAACUUUCAAAACUGUGGAUUUCUCUAAGUUUAACGUUUAUUUAACGUUUUAUUUUGAGUCAUGGAAGUUUUACUCAGCUCUCGGUUGGGUUCACGGUGAAUAGUUCCCGACACUUUCCCCGGUUUGGGCCCUUUUUCCCCCGCAGUUCCCCGGACACAGCGCGUCCGACCUGCGGGGCAGUGACGAGCUACACGCUGGUUGUGUUGUUGUUGUUGUUGUUGACGGUGGAAUAAGCAGGAGCAGGAGGAUGUCAGCGCUGUCACAACACCCGGGACACGAGGAGGAGAAGCUGCAGAGGGUCCGGGAGCAGCUGCCUUGCAGAGAGAACCAGGCCGGGCUGCUGCUGUCCCUCCUCGGGCAGCCGCAGCAGUACAGUUACCCUUCCAUCUUCAUCUACGGUCAUCGGGCUUCGGGGAAAAGUCACGUGAUGCAAGUUCUGCUGAAGGAACUAGAGCUGCCUCACGCCACCGUCAGCUGUGUGGAGUGCGUCUCCAACUCGCUGCUGUUCGAACAGGUGCUGCUGUCCCUCUUCGGCUGCGAGGCCGCCGCGAUGCUCACCCGCAAACCCUCGCUGUCCGACUUUGUACGCAUCUACAGGCACCAGUGCUCCCAGUCUCCUGCCACACAGACGCGAUACAUCGUGAUGGAAAAAGCCGAGCUGCUGAGAGACGCCGACGCCAACCUCCUCCCCGCCCUCCUGCGUCUUCAGGAGCUGGUUGAGGACAACGUCACCGUCAUCCUGCUCAGUGAAAUCUCCUGGGACAAGUUCAGACCCAACACGGGUUGUUUUGAGCCGCUUCUGCUCCAUUUCCCCGACUACAGUAAAGGCGAGCUGCAGCAGAUCUUAUCACAGGACAGACAUCCAUCAUAUUCAGCCGAGUUCUACUCGUCCUACGUCAACAUCCUGCUGGGAGUCUUUUUCUCGGUGUGUCGGGACCUCAGAGAGCUUCGCCAUCUGGCUGCCCUCAACUUUUCAAAGUUCUGCGAGCCAUUGGCAGAAGGGAAAGUGAAAGAGACGGACACACACAAGCUGUGGAGAAACAUCGAGCCUCAUUUAAAAAAAGCCAUGCAGACGGUGUAUCUUCGAGAAGUGUCCAGUCUUCAGUGGGAGCAGAUGCAGCAAAUGGAAGAGAAGGAAGCUGGAGCAUUGAGAGGUUUAUCUGCUCACACUCACGUCGAGCUGCCUUAUUACUCAAAGUUCCUGCUGAUCGCUGCCUACCUGGCGUCCUAUAACCCUGCCCGAGCAGACAAGCGCUUCUUCCUCAAGCACGCGGGCAAAAUCAAAAAAACAAACUUCCUGAAGAAAAAUGAAAAGACUAGUAACCAUCUGCUUGGACCCAAGCCGUUCCCUCUGGACCGCCUGCUCGCCAUCUUCUACAGCGUGGUGGACAGCAGAGUCGCCCCCACCGCCAGUAUCUUCUCCCAGAUCUCCUCUCUGGUGACCUUACAGCUGCUGUCUCAGGUCAGUCACGACGACCAGCUCGACGCCCCCAAGUACAAAUGUGCCGUUUCUUUGGACUUCAUUCGCGCCAUAUCCAGGACAGUGAACUUUGAAAUUGUCAAGUAUCUGUAUGACUUCCUGUGAGCCUGAGGGGAGCAGAUGAGAGGCGACACACUGUGACAGUGAGAUGAGACCGGGUUUCUCUACAUGAGAACAUGCUUAAGGACACACAGGACAAUUCAUCCAGUCAUGUUGCUGCCCCCUGGUGGUUGAUACACAAACUUUUUCCUGUAGAGUUUUUGUGCCUCACAUGUUAAAUAUUUGCAUUUGUACAAAAAAUAAACAUUGUAUUGUAAAGUUGA